CUCAAAUCCAAGAACUGGCAAAGCUUCCCAAAUCGGCAGGAUACACGCGAAGCAAUAUUCUGCCCACUGUAUUCGUUCUUGACGACCCUACGAUCCCGUUCAGUCGCCUUGAAAAAUCCAUUGGCACAACAGGUGAGCUUCAGAUGACAUUUUUGAAGGUAAUGUGCUGAAAUUCGGAUUCCAGAGGUCAAUAGGGAGGCACUGAGACCCACGAACAUAACUCAUAACCCAUCACAUUUGAGAUAAAACACAAAAUGGGUGCUACUCGCGCACAGAAGGAAGCCUACUUUGUCAAGCUCAAGGAGCUUGUCGCCAAGUACCCCUCUAUCUUCAUCGUCAAUGUCGACAACGUCGGCUCCAACCAGAUGCAUCAAAUCCGUGUCGCCCUCCGCGGCAAAGGUAUCGUAGUGAUGGGCAAGAACACCAUGGUCCGACGUGCUCUCCGUACUAUCCUCACCGAGUUCCCCCAAUUCGAGCGUUUCCUCCCCUAUGUCAAAGGUAACAUUGGCUUCGUCUUCACCAGCGACGACCUCAAGGAGAUCCGUGACAUCAUCACUGCCAACAAGGUUGCUGCUCCCGCCCGUGCUGGUGCUCUCGCUCCCAAGGAUGUCUCCAUUCCUGCUGGUAACACUGGUAUGGAGCCCGGAAAGACCUCUUUCUUCCAGGCUUUGGGUAUUCCCACCAAGAUUGCUCGUGGUACGAUUGAAAUCGUGUCCGACGUCCAGGUUGUCGUUGCGGGUACCCGUGUUGGUCCUUCCGAGGCGACUUUACUUAACAUGUUGAACAUUUCGCCAUUCACCUACGGAAUGACCGUCGUCCAGAUUUUCGAUCAGGGCAACGUCUUCACUCCUGAUAUCUUGGACGUCUCUGACAAGGAGCUCUUGGACCGCUUCUUCGCUGGUGUUACCACCAUUGCUGCCAUCUCCUUGGCCCUCAACUACCCCACCAUCGUCUCCGUCACCCACUCUUUGAUCAACUCCUACAAGAAUCUUAUCGCUAUCGCUUUGGUCACUGACUACACCUUCGAGGGUGCCGAGAAGGCUAAGGAAUACCUCGAGAACCCUGAGGCAUUCGCCGCCGCCGCUCCUGUCGCUGCUGAGGCUGAGGCUGCCCCCGCUGCUGAGGAGAAGAAGGAAGAGGAGGAAGAAGAGGAGUCUGAGGGCGACAUGGGUUUCGGAUUGUUCGAUUAAUUUCGCUCUUCCCGUAUCGUAUAAUGUGCUGUAUCGAUAUCGUACUCUCGCAUUGCAUCAUAGCAUCUGCAUCCACCUCGCUCUUGUUGAGCUCGCAGUUGGCGUGUUCCACCAUGGUAUCCCAGCCAUUGUUAGAUUUCAAAGUCGCGUUUAAGACCUGACUGCUUGCUGAAGACGCACGAUAUGUGUUCAGCUUUAGAUGCCACUCAUCGCUGCGUCUCGCUGACCUCCACAGAACUUAGUCGUAUCCAUCUCAUCAAAUAGCUCUUAUGAUCAUGAUUGUUUCUGUGGACAUUACUUUGCCAACCAAGGUCUUUUGCACCUUGCACAGUGGAGAGAAUUAACCCUAACCUUAUGUAUUUUUGUUGGGAUAAGAGGUUAUCAGUUUUCACAAGACACUUACUGUCACAAAAUAAAG